AUGCUCUUCAAAUCUGCUUCCACCAUUGCACGCCAUGCUGCUGUUGCCGCCCGACGUUCUUUUGCCAGCCAAGCAGGUGGUUACGAGUCCACAGCUAAGAACCUUAUGAUCAACAAGGACACCAAAGUGAUUUGCCAGGGCUUUACCGGCAAGCAGGGUACUUUCCACUCUGAGCAAGCCAUUGAAUAUGGUACCAAGAUGGUUGGUGGUGUCUCACCCAAGAAGGCUGGUCAAACUCAUUUAGGCCUUCCUGUCUUUGGUUCAGUGCGAGAGGCUGUUCAAGAGACCAAGCCCGAUGCCAGUGUCAUUUAUGUACCUCCACCUGGUGCUGCUGCUGCUAUUCUUGAAGCUAUUGAAAAUGAAGUUCCUUUGGUAGUCGCUAUCACUGAAGGCAUUCCUCAACAUGACAUGGUUCGUGUCAAGCAAGCUUUGAUGACUCAAAACAAGACUCGUCUCGUGGGUCCCAAUUGUCCUGGUAUCAUUGCCCCUGAACAAUGCAAGAUCGGUAUCAUGCCUGGUCACAUUCACAAACGCGGCAAGGUCGGCAUUGUCUCACGCUCUGGUACUUUGACUUAUGAAGCUGUCAACCAAACCACUCAAGCUGGUCUUGGCCAAACCCUUUGCGUGGGCAUUGGUGGUGAUCCCCUCAAUGGUACCAACUUUAUUGACUGCUUGAAGAUCUUUUUGGAAGAUGAUAAGACUGAAGGCAUUGUCAUGAUUGGUGAGAUUGGUGGUACUGCUGAGGAAGAAGCUGCUGCCUUUUUACAAGAAUACAACUUGUCUCGUGAGAACCCCAAGCCAGUUGUAUCAUUCAUUGCUGGAUUGACUGCUCCACCUGGUCGUCGUAUGGGCCAUGCGGGUGCCAUUAUUUCUGGCGGUAAGGGUGGUGCUCAAGACAAGAUUGCUGCUCUUGAGAAGGCUGGUGUCAUUGUCACUCCCUCCCCUGCUAAGCUUGGUUCAAAGUUGAAGGAGGCUAUGUCUGCUGCUGGUUUGGUGUAA